UAAAAUAAAGCAAGAAGAAGCAGCAGUGAAAUGAUGUCAUUGAUAGUUGAAGUUUGUUUCCUCUGGUUGUUUCGUGAUCAUCCCUAUCUUUUUUUUCUAGACUGUUACUAAAAUGUCUUCGGCGACGACAUUUUCAGGUAAAGACUCACACAAGCAUGUAAGGACAAAGACCAACCCAGGAUUUUUGCAACGAUUAAGUGACACGGCAGGAGGAACGUUUGUUGGCGUUGGACUGUUUUUCCUUUCCAUAUAUAUUCUCUUCACCAAUGAGGGACGGGCUGUGCAGACUGCGUCCUCCCUGAAUGAAGGGCUCGCUCAAGUCGUGUCGCUGGACACUUUUGCCAGCCUCGACCCGCAGAACGACAACAGCUUGGUUCAUUUGUCUGCACCUUUGCGUCCCUCAAAGCCUUUACAUGAUCCCAACUACAGAGUAGCUGUGGAGGCUGUCAAGUUAAAGAGGCAGGUGGAGAUGUAUCAGUGGGUGGAGUACCAGGAGAGCAAAGACUACGAAGAGAAUGGCAGUACCAAAACCGAGACCACAUACACCUACAACACGGAGUGGAAAGCAGAGCUGAUCAACAGUCGCAAUUUUGAUCGAGAAAUUGGUCACCAGAACCCAAGUGCCAUGGCGGUGGAGAGCGUGACAGUUGUGGCUCCUCAGGUGCAAGUGGGACCUUUCACUCUGUCGAAUGGACUGGUGGAACAGAUUAAUAACUUCCGGACACUGAGCCUGAAGGAUUUGACGGCCUCCGACUCGGACCCUUUCCUUACCAUCCGUGACGAUUAUUUCUAUCAUACUCAGCAGCCACAGAGGCCAGAGGUUGGAGAUGUCCGCGUGAGAUUUUCCUUCGCCGGACUCAGUGGUGAAACUGUUAGCAUUGUUGCCAAGCAGAGUGGAGAGCAGCUUUUGCCCUUCAAAACCAAGUCAGGAGACGUUCUUGAGAUCUUGUAUCUGGAGGAGCUCUCAGCAGAGGAAGUGUUUGCGAGAGAGCAGCAGCAUAACAGCAUGAAGACGUGGGGACUCCGAGCUGCGGGAUGGGCCCUCAUGUUUCUCGCCAUUCAGCUGACCAUGCGCAUCAUCUACACACUGGUGGGCUGGGUUCCUCUCCUGAGGGACCUCGUUUCUGUGGGGCUGAAGAUCUUCGCCUUGUGCGUGUCCGCCUCACUCUCUCUCCUCACCAUCGCAGCGGGGUGGUUCUUUAAUCGACCCCUGAUGGCGAUUGCUUUGGGGGCUUUAGCUCUUCUUCCCGUGCUUCUCGCACGCGCGCGACUCCCAGCCAAAAAGCAUCUGUGACUUAAGAAACUGGAUGUGAAGCUCACCGGAGCGGCGAGGCAGUUCUGGGUGCCUCAGAGUGACUCUCCACAGCAGGAUAAAAUCUGCAAUUUACACAAACAUCCUCAUUUGCAGUAUUUUAAGACAAGUAAAAUUGAUGUAUUGCACUGACUUGUUGCUAAUGUAGUCCUGCAGUUGGACAUCAGCUGUUGUAGAGGCAUGUUUUAUUUUUCAUGCAUCGUUUUGUCCUUUAUAUUUUUUCAUACGCCACUGAUGCCUAAUCUCUGAAACUGUUGAGUUACCAGUGCCCCCUCGCCCCCCAAAAAAAUACCCAGACCAUCGUACGUACAACAGAUCUGUUAUGUGUUGGGUUCUACCGGUACUUGAAGAUUAAAAAAACAACAACAAGGCUCACAGCA